UUAGUUGUAAUCAGACUUGUCCUUUGUUGAUCAUGAGAAGGGGCCUCAGCCACGACGUCGACUCCUGCUCCUCCUCCGCCGCCCUUCUCCUUCUCCUCCUUCUCCUUCUCGCCACUCUCUUCUCGAUCUCCGGCGGAGCUGACACCUUAACCCCAGAUCUACCUCUUCUUGUCGAUGGAAGCACCACCUUGACCUCCGCCGGUGGCACUUUCCAGCUGGGAUUCUUCAACCCCAGCGGAUCCACCAACCGCUACGUCGGCAUAUGGUACAACAGGAUCUCCCCCCAAACCGUCGUGUGGAUCGCCAAUCGCCGAAGCCCCAUAACCACCCGCUUCGGCAACCUCUCUUUGACCACCACCGGGGCGCUCGUCCUCACCGACGGCAACUCCAGUAUCCUCUGGACUUCCGGCGCGCCGGAUUCAUCCCUAUCGAAUCCCGUCGCGCAACUCUUUGAUGACGGAAACUUCGCCGUCCAUGAAUCCGGCAGCGGUGGUUCUGACGGUUUCGCGUGGCAGAGCUUCGACUUCCCGACGGACACGCAGCUUCCGGGCAUGAUAUUGGGGCGAAGGAGGCUCAGAAACGGGACCGACCUUGACAUCAACAUCACGGCCUCGACGAGCGAUAGCGAUCCCACUCCGGGCCCAUUCGUCUACGGCCUCGAUUUGCGGGGAGACCCGCAGCUGUUCAUUUGGUCCGGGACGGAGCAGUACUGGCGCGCGGGGCCGUGGAAUGGCCGGUGGUUCAGCGGUGUCCCGGAGAUGGUGGACACAGCCAACGGACUCCUGAGGUUCGAUGUUGGACCCAAUCAGACGACCUACUUUCGCAGCGAUCAGUCUUCUGCUCUGUUGAGAUUUGUCAUGCAUUCUUCCGGCACUGUAGAGCUCAAUGUGUGGUUAGAAAGUCGGCAAUCUUGGAAUAGGAUUUGGUAUGCACCCAAGGAUCUAUGCGAUUCUUUGUCGUCCUGCGGCCCCAAUGGCUAUUGCCGCCAAAUCAUCACGCCACAAUGUGUGUGCUUGCAGGGGUUUCACCCGCGUAGUCCCACAAACUGGCGACUCCGAGAUGGGACGGGUGGUUGCCUGAGAACUACGCCGUUGGAUUGCCGUAAUGGAACCGACGGGUUCGUCAUCCUAAGAAACAUAAAACUACCAGAUACCUCGAGGUCGAUGGUGAGCGCAAGCUUGAGCCUUGACCAGUGCAGGUCUUUGUGCUUGAAUAACUGCAAUUGCACAGCUUAUGCUGCCUCAAACAUCAGCGACGGUAGCAACGGUUGCAUAACGUGGACAACCAGUCUCACCGAUAUCACAGUGUAUCAAAGUAGCGUAGGACAAGAUCUUUAUGUCAGGCUCGCGGCAGCUGAUUUAGACUCUGAUACUUCAUCUGAUCGUCGUCAGAAUCAUUUCGUUGUUAUUAUUGUUACUCUUGUUGUGUCAAUUGUUGUCCUCUCCUGUCUUGCUUUCUGUCUUUGGAGGAGGAUGAAGAAGAGAGGUGCUGAUAUUAUUGAAGCAACAGAAGAAAAUGACUUAGACCUUCCAUUAUUUGAUUUGGGCACAAUUAGAAACGCAACAUUCAAUUUCUCAUCACAGAACAAGCUCGGCGAGGGAGGUUUUGGCCCAGUAUACAGGGGUAAGAUAGGGGAAGAUCAAGAAAUAGCCGUGAAGAGGUUGUCUAAGACAUCAACUCAAGGUUUGAAUGAGUUCAAAAAUGAGGUGACAUUGAUUGCAAAACUGCAGCACAGAAACCUUGUUCGACUUCUUGGUUGUUGCGUUCAAGAAGAGGAGAGGAUAUUAGUCUAUGAAUACAUGCCUAAUGGAAGCUUAGAUAUCCUCUUAUUUGAUGAAGUUAAAGGCACUAUCUUGGAUUGGCGAACACGAUACAAUAUAAUAGUUGGAAUUGCUCGAGGACUUCUUUAUCUGCAUCAUGAUUCUAGAUUUAGAAUCAUCCAUAGGGAUCUUAAAGCUAGUAAUAUUCUUCUUGACAAGGAUAUGGAUCCCAAAAUAUCUGAUUUUGGCAUGGCUAGGAUAUUUGGAGGGGAUGAAUCAGAAGCAAAUACCAGAAGAGUCGUUGGAACAUAUGGAUAUAUGUCACCUGAGUAUAUCAUGGAUGGAAUCUUUUCAAUAAAAUCAGAUGUGUUUAGUUUUGGUGUGUUGGUACUCGAGAUUAUAAGUGGCAAAAAAAAUAGAGGAGUUUAUCAUGGGUCACACAAUUCAAAUCUUCUAGGACAUAUAUGGAACUUGUGGAAGGAAAGCCAAUGCAUGGAUUUUGUGGACAAAAACAUUGGGCAUUCUUUUUCAGAGAUUGAGGUCUUGAGGUGUAUAAAAAUUGGACUUUUGUGUGUUCAAGACCGGGCGGAAGACCGACCAACAAUGCCUUUAGUGUUGACAAUGUUGAGUAGCACCGGAGAUAUUGCUCUCUUACCGGAGCCUAAGCAACCGGGUUUCUUUUCUAAGCGAGACUUGAUGUCGGAAAUUUAUUUGUCAUCAUCAAUGAGCAAUCAUCAAGACUCAUCUGCCAGCAACCAAAUAACAAUCACGAAUAUAGAAGGUAGAUAGGAGUCGGUCAUUUCUAAAUGUACUAGAAUGGAUAAUAAAAUAUAAUGUAUAAAUAAUAUAGGCAUUUUUGUAGUGGCAGUUCUAUGAUGUAAAUUUUUUGGUAUAAAUAGCAGUAAUUUUGUUUGGUAUAAA